AUGGCGUCGCCUUCUCAAUCCACAGUAUCCAAUUCAAGCUCGACUCCAACGAGCGCCAGUACAAGUACUGUCACCCCGGCUAGCUACGCGGCCUCUACCACACCAACGACCGCAACGACUGCUCGACGUCCUUAUCCACUCUCUGCUUCGCAGCUUGAAGUGGAGGAGAAAGCCAUCAAAGUGACCGGAGUGACCGGCAGCCAGCUUGGGACUGGCGUUGGUACCACGGCAACUCCAGACGGGGAGCCGGAGGGCAAACGAAGUCGCAUUCCGGUUACGCCUGCUGUAUUGCGCGCCAUCUUCGCUUCAUCACGAUCACCAGGCGAAGAGCGAAGCAUGUCGCGCGUCGCGUUCUUCAGAUUCUCAGGUUUUCUGCUAAGCUGUCUGGUUAUCAGCCUAGUUGCCAACCGUGGGCGUAGCAUCCGAGGUGGCGCAGCUUUAUUGGGCGUUGGGAUAUGA